UUUCAACGUAAAUAGAGGGAGUGCAACCACUUGUGGUCAUUCUAUGCUCGACAUUCAGUAUGACUAAGCGAACUUUGUGCAAAUUAGAUACGCAAUUCCUGGUGCGGUAUCUGUGCGACCAGCAGAUGCAAGUGAGAGGACGGCGGUUCAUUCGGGACAUCGGAGAGAGCAAGACGGGGAAACCGUUAUCCACGGUUUCAGGAGUGGUGACUCCUCCAUGUUUUUAUAGCGACUCGGACGACGUUGCUCCAGGUUUCACGAUGGCGAGCAUCAUCACGACAUUAUCUAGCUUCAUGACCGCUAUUGCUGACACUGCCACCAUCACCACAGCCGCAACCGUCCACAACACCAUACCCUCUGUUACCUCUGUCGCCAACAACACUAGACCUUCUGCUGCCGCCAACAACACCGCCAACAACAUCAGACCCUCUACUGCCGACCACAACACCAGACCCCCUGCCGACCACAACACCAGACCCUCUACUGCCGACCACAACACCAGACCCUCUACUGCCUUUGCCGACCUCCUCACUAGACCUUCUGCUGCCGCCAACAACACCGCCAACAACACCAGACCCUCUACUGCCGCCCACAACAACAUACCCUUUGCUGCCGCUGUCGACCACAACACCAGACCCACUGCCGACCACAACACUAGACCUUCUGCUGCCGACCCCAACACCAGACCCUCUGCUGCCGGUUCCGAUGUAACGCUCCAGCCAGUGAGACAUAUGCAAGGACUUCCUAAUACAGAUGUGUUAUCCUUCAUGAACGCUAUGUCGCAACAGGUUGCCAAUUUGCAGAGAUGUAUGGAAACAUUUUCGCGGAAGACGGACACAAUCAACCAGCGACUGGCAGAGUGCAUCCGUGACCUAUCCAGAAUCGAGGGCAAGGUCGAUGCCAUAUCUACUGCUACCAUUAAUCCACCAGCAGACAGACCGAUCACGGAAGCAGCGGAACAGCAUGACGUGCCGGAGCAAUUCCAUAUACCGAUGGAAUCCUUGAUGGAGAUGCGACAAAUGUCGGGAAUUUCGCAGCCCAGCUUACGAGGAGGCUUUUUCCAGAGUUGUUCGGACCAACUGCAUUGAGGCUUUUGUACAACUGGUAUGGCGGCGGUAAGCUUGGGAAACAGGAACUAGACCCACAGCGGAAGUCAGUUAUACAACGGUACGCCUCACAGAUGUUUCCAAGUGUGUCCUCUCGUGAGGCAUGGAAAGACUGCGUCGUUCCGAAAAUCAACGAACUCCUGCGACGAACGGAUAGGGCAAGGACUGUUGCACGGGUUCCAUUCCAUAACAUCCACGGACAAUCCCAUGCCAUUGGAAUGACUAUGACGACGGAAAAUACUCCACCUGCGCCGACACCAAGACGCCCAGUAGCAGUACCCUGUUACAGCUCCUCCACCAUGACUCCCACAGGGCCCAGUUUUUACACGCCACAUUCGGUACCCCAACGACAUCUGCCAUUUUACGAUUAUGGACACACAGAGGAUAUGGACAAUUACUGAUAAGACAGUUGGGAUUAUGUCAAGUUAACGUCACGCUACCACAAUUGGUAUAAUUUUGACAGCAUUUUAGAGAUCUUUAAAAAAUCAGAUCUUGAAUCUGGAAUGUAAUUUGUUUUAGAAAAUAGAACACUAAACUUGUGAGAUUUUGGCCGUUUUUCGACCGUAAACACAUGUAUACCCAAAUUGUUACACCAUAUCACAGGCUAUGGAAUUUGUUUUUAUUUUACAAAUUGAAUUGUCGAUUACAACAAAAUA